AUUCCACGCACGCAUCAACUUAAGCACACGUGCCACAAAGACCUCCGUCAAUCUCCAAAGAGCGAGUUUCCACAGGAGUCCAAUCUCCGAAAUAGAUCCACUCUUCUGGAGCCUGCGCGUCUUCUCGCAGCGACGGCAGCUUCUCGAAUUCUCCGGCGAGAUUUCCGUUCGUUCUACGGCGCUUCUUUGAUCCUCCGCCUGUAAUCGUACAUCGUCGAUCGCUCUCUCUCUGUGUGAAAAUGGCUCCUUCGGUUUCUCCUCUGGCGAAAUACAAGCUGGUUUUCUUGGGCGAUCAGUCCGUCGGAAAAACCAGCAUCAUCACUCGUUUCAUGUACGACAAGUUCGACAACACCUAUCAGGCUACAAUUGGCAUUGAUUUUCUAUCAAAGACCAUGUAUCUUGAGGAUCGGACUGUUCGAUUGCAACUCUGGGACACAGCUGGACAGGAGAGAUUCAGGAGCCUCAUUCCAAGCUACAUUAGGGACUCCUCUGUUGCAGUCAUCGUCUACGAUGUUGCAAGCCGUCAAUCUUUCCUAAACACUUCGAAGUGGAUUGAAGAGGUUCGCACCGAGCGUGGCAGUGACGUCAUCAUCGUUCUUGUUGGGAACAAAACCGACCUUGUGGACAAAAGGCAAGUCUCAAUAGAGGAGGGAGAAGCCAAAGGCCGUGAUCUCAACGUCAUGUUCAUCGAGACAAGUGCCAAAGCAGGCUUCAAUAUUAAGGCACUCUUUCGGAAGAUUGCCGCGGCACUGCCAGGAAUGGAGACUCUUUCCUCAACAAAGCAAGAAGACAUGGUUGACGUCAAUCUGAAGGCAACCAGUUCAAAUGCAUCUCAGUCACAGCAACAGACGGGAGGUUGCUCAUGUUAAUGCCGGUUAACAUCUUCAUCACCCGCUCGUUUCUUGCUUCAUUUUCACAUUCCCAUCUGUGCAGAGUUUGUUAUUUCAGCUUUUGGCACCCAUCUAGGCAGUUGGCGAGAUUUACCUUGGAAAUGUAUAUUUGAAGUUAUAGAACAAGAACCUAUUUGAUAUGAAAGAUUUGGCAGGGUUUGCUGCAGCCGGAGCCCUUAUAUUUGUGUUGAACUAAAAUUCUUAAAAGCAUUUUUUGAAGAAACCUUAACAAUCUGAUGCAAAUGAUCUUCAGGAUGCAAAUGUUUUUCA